AUGUCGUUGGCAGACCGUGUGCAGCUGGCGAAGCUGCUCCGUCCCCUUUUCAAAGCGGACGCCUCCGAGGGCAAGGUCUGUGCCGUGAAGAAAUGCAAGAAGACCAGAUGUGCACAACCUGCGAGACCCGCGCCUUGUCAAAGCGGCAGGCGACCUGGGGAAGAUGAAGAGGCGCAAGCUUCCAAUUUGGAGAACGGCGACCCCGUGUGCGGGGCUUGCCGAUGCAUGUUCUCCCGAGAAGUGUGGGCCACCGCCGCCCAGAAGCGUCUUGUGUGGGUCUCAGUGGACUUGGUUACGCUGUCGCUGGCCCUCCACCCAACACUCUGA